GAAUGAUUUGAUGCCUGUUGUAGUUCUUUGCCUUGAUGAUGGGGAAGAGGAUGCCAAAAAAGCUUCUCCAAGAAAUGUUUGAAGUGUGUGGCGGCCAAAUGUGGGAAACGAUGUCCAAAGUGCAGGCAACUGAACAGGAAGCUCUGGAAAACACAUAUUCUGAGGUUGUUGCACAGAGCCAAGAGCCCCUGACUAGAGAGCAGAAUUAUAAUGUGAGCCAUUUAGUUUGUGGACUUCCCAAAAAGGGGAGGACCAGGUGGAUGGGAGUUGGAGCUCAGAGGGUGUCUACACAAUUCCAGUCUCUGCCAAUUUCAACACCAUCGACUAUGUCCUCGGGGCCCUCUUACAUGCCGCAGGAGGAUUGCACUCAGCAGGCGAUGUAG